AUGCGACUGCUACAUACUACAAGCGAUGGAAGGCUCAGCUGGACGGAUGACUUGCUCAAAGAUCAAAUUCCCCGUUAUGCCAUCCUGUCACACACAUGGGGCGGGCAGGAGGUGAACUUCAAGAACCUCCAGAAUCACAAGGAUACAGAAGAUGUUGACGCAAAGUUCAAGGAGGGUUACCAGAAGAUCUUUUUCUGCGCUGAGCAAGCUAAGCGUGAUGGCAUAGAAUACUUUUGGGUAGACACCUGCUGCAUCGACAAGUCAAACAGUCAAGAGCUUCAAGAAGCGAUCAAUUCUAUGUUUCGCUGGUACCAGAUAGCUGAGAAGUGUUAUGUAUACCUUUCCGACGUCAUUAAUAGCACUUUGGAUGAAGAUUGCGAGGCUGCUUUAAGAGAGAGCAGAUGGUUUACUCGAGGCUGGACGCUCCAGGAACUUCUAGCCCCCAAGUCGGUUGAGUUCUUCUCUAGCAAGGGAGUGCGACUGGGAGAUAAAGAAUCACUCAGACAAAUCAUCCAUGAGGUAACGCAAAUACCCGUUCAAGCUCUGUCAGGCAGUGAAUUGUCUGAGUUCAGCAUAGACGACCGUUUCUCAUGGGCCGAAAAACGCCAGACGACACGCGAAGAAGACAAAGCAUACUGUCUCCUAGGCAUAUUUGGUGUUCACUUACCGCUGAUCUAUAGUGAAGGCGAAGCAAACGCAUUCGACCGACUGAGAGAUGCCGUUGUUGCAAAGAAUAACAAAGGCUGCAACAAAAGUCAAGAAGAGAGGCUCGACAAGAUCCACAAGUGGCUUUCAGCGCCCGAUCCGUCCACGAACUACCACAAAGCGGACAAGCUGCGCCAGGAGGAUACAGGACUAUGGCUUCUGAAUGGUUCGAAGUUCACAAAAUGGAAAAAACGUGCAGCGUCGCGGCUAUGGCUAUAUGGCAUACCGGGAUGCGGAAAGACUGUCUUGAGCUCUACCAUUAUCAAUCACCUGCUGCAACACUGCAACGACGACCGUAGUAAGGUAGUAGCUUACUUUUACUUCGACUUCAAUGAUGCACGGAAACAGGAUCCAGAGCUGAUGCUCCGCUCACUACUCUGUCAGCUCCUGCAGCGCUCGUUUACAAUACCUAAGGUCGUUGAUACGUUGUUCUCGUCCUGUGGAAACGGAAAG